AUGUACGGCUCCUCCGCCGAGUUCCCCACCGCGGGGCCUCUCUUUGGGAAGGAAACUUGUCGAGGGUUGGCAGACAAGAGUUUCGAAAAACGCAAAACAGCAGCUCAAGCGCUACAGCAACUCAUCAAACAGCAGGUCCAGGAGGCCGCCAGUGCUGCUGCAGCUGAAGUAGCAACGGAUGCCACGACAGACACGCCGACUCAAAGGCAGCCGCAACCGCAUCUGCAUCAGCAUCAGCAGCAGCAGCAGCAAGAACAGCAGCAGCAGCAGGCAACUCAGGCGACAGUGCAGAAGGCCAUUUCGGCGCUUACUGCGGACUUUUUGUCGAGCCCCAUCGCCAACAUCCGCAAGGGGGGCCUCUUAGGAGUUGCGGCUGUGGGUUUGGCCUUCGAGUCUGGUGGUCUGGAGAGUUGUCUGCAGCUGCUGCUCCGGCCUCUGCUGAAAUCUUUCGGCGACCCUGACCCUCGCGUGCGCUACUACGCCUGCGAGAGUCUUUUCAAUGUACUGAAGGCCGCGAGAGGUCUCUGUCUGCAGUUUUUACCGGAACUGUUCGAUGGACUGUGCAAGCUCUGCGGCGACGUGGACCGGGAGGUGCGUCAGGGCGUGGGCUUUGUAGACAGCUUGUUGAAGGAAGAGACAGCAGCCGCAGCAGCAGCAGCGGCGGAGGCGACGGCUGCUGCAGCUGCUGCGGCAGCUGCUGCAGGGGUCCCAGUGGCAGCAGCAAAAGCAGCAGCAGCAGCCAAAGGGCCCAUCACGCCAGCCUUCAUACAUUUGCUUGUCGAACGCCUCCUCGUCCGCAACCCUUAUAUCAAACUCCUGGCGUAUCUGCCACUGUUCUUGGGAGGACUGCUGCAGCUACUGGGCGACUCUCACAGGGACAUUCGCCAAGCUGCGGAUUUGUGCGUCACCAAUUUCUUGGAGGAUCUACGGUCGGAUCCAGUAGACACGGAUCCUGCCGUAGUGACGCAGACUGCAGAGGUGGUGCUGCGGUGCAGCGAUAGCAGCAACAGUUCCUUCACCCAGUUGACGGCUCUGGUGUGGCUGCACGAGCUGCUGCUGCUGCUGCUGCCAGACGAGGGACAACAGCAGCAGCAACAGCAACGGCAGCAGCAGCAGGACGAAUUUUUUCUGCCUCAGACGCCAAUCGUGCGCUGGCACUUGGAGGUUCAGAAACAUCUCAAGGUGUUGGUCUCGACAGCUGCGCUGGACCUCUCCGAGUUCGUGAGCAGCGCCGCGGAAUACUUGUGUACGUAUAGCCCGCCAGGACCCACACCAACAGCAGCGGCGGCUGCAGAAAAUGCAAGCUCUGCUGCACCUGCUGCUGCAGCUGGUGACGUGCGCUCACUGUGUCUCCAGUGGAUGGAGUUGAUGCUUGUAGAGAAGCCGCACCUGUUGCUUGUGGGGAGCGAAGAAGAGCAACAGAAUCAGCAACAGCAGAGGCAGAAACAGAAGCAGAACGGCGUGAAGUUGAGUAAGCGUUUUCAGAAGAUGCAGCAGCGCAGCAGAGAUCAAAACGAAGACGACACCCAAAGUCUCUUACUGCAAAAGCAGCAACCCCUAGUAGCUGCAGUGCUGUACACGGCACUAACGGCGGAGGGGGCAGCUGCUGCUACUACUGCUGCACCAACGGCAGCAGCAGAAAGACCAGCAGCAGCUGCAUCUACGCAGGAGGCAGCCAGCCGGCAGCCGUCAGCGGCGACGCCAACGGACGGGUCCGGGUCGAGCACAGCAGAAGCAGCGACAGCAGCAGCAACAGCAGCAACAGCACCAUCCAACCACUUGUUGCGAAUGUCACUCUCUGUCCUGAGUCGCUUUGUGCAGCGCAGCGACGCGAAUCUCCGCGUGGUGGCGGAGGAGCUGCUGGUCCUCUUCCGCUCGAACCGCUGUCUCCUUGAUGGAAGGGGCCACUUUGUUCUGCGGCAGCUCUGCACCAUGAGGAAUCCUUGCGAGGUGUACACGCACAUGGCAAAGCAGAUUGAGCGUCACUGUGCAACAGCAGCAGCUGCCGCGCAAACUCCAGCAGCAGAUAAGACCUCUACUGAAGUCUCAGAGGCGCAGCGGUCUCGGUCAGAAGCACCACCACCAGCAAAGCUCGCAGCCGCAACAGCCUCAACGGCAGUAGCAGGACAAAAGAGCCCAAUAUGUGGAAAAGAUGUGCCACAAGAUGGGCCGGCCGGAUCUCCAGGCGAUACCGCUGAACAGACGCUGCAGUUUCUGCAUCAGAUCGUUCAGGCCCUCAGUAUCGAUCUCUUGAGUGCCAAGGCUUUGCGGCUCAGUGCCGUAGCAGCGGUGCGUUUUGUCGUUGCCUGUCGCGCAGAUGACAGCAAGAUGUUUGAAACUUUACUGCCUACCUGGGCGCACAACUCGGUGUGGCUGAUAGCGCUCUCCGUUUAUGGAGGCAAAUACGAAGUUGCUGCGGGGCUAGUGAAAAUGCUAAGCAGCGAAGACUCCCUCUCUGACCUGGAUAUGCUGCAGCUGGAACAGCUGGUGCUGCUGCUGGAGAGCAAACCCUUUGCUUUGCUGCGCAUGCAGCUGCUGCAACAGCCGGUUGACCCGCACCUUAUUACUGCUAUUCGAGGUCUGGGCAUGCUGCUACCGCAAGGCCCCGCAUUCUCCCUGCUCUACCGGCGACUGCAGCUCGCCUCUCCUUCCGUUGGCUGUUGCUGCAGCUUGAAAACCAGAGCGAGCAAGGAGGCCCCAGCUUCACAAACUGAGUCCCUCGUGUCGCGCGCUUUGUCUUUGGCCGGAGCUGCGCGGAAGCAGUUUCAGGGGGAGCUGUCUAGUGUGGAGCUGCCUAAGUCAGCUUUUGCCGCUGCUCCAGUGGACUGCAGCAGGCGAAGCGUCGUCAAGCCUCCAGUAAAUUCUCCCGUGGUGUCGCUUGCGUCUGCUGAGAAGCUGCCAGGCGAAGCGUCGUCAAGCCUCCAGUAA